ACCUGUUCAGCCCGGUCACGUGACCGUCUGUCAGUUGCAGUUGCUACAACCUGAUAGGCGGGAACUGGGGCAGUGAUGUCAUCUGAUAGGCUGUAACCUGGCAACCAGGUGUGACACAGAGGAAGAGAGAAAAAGAAAAGGAAGAAAACGAGUCAAAGAGGAGCAGAAGAACUGAGGAGGAACAAGGAGCUGAACAGAGGCUCAGGGAAAAAGGAGGAGAUGGAGCGCAGCGUGAUCCGGCUCAGUCACUGUCAGAAGGAGAUCUUCUGUUUCUCAGUGCCGGAGGAGUGUCCAAGCUGCGGGGAGGAGCUGAGGGGGAGCAGGCUGCAGGAGGCGCCGGUCAGCCUCCCUUCCCCCUUCACCAACGGACACAAGAGCUCCUGCUUCCUGCUGGUUGCACCUGCACACGACAGCCAGGACAGAGAGUUUGAUGGGACAUCAGAUCUGCACACCGGCAUCUCAGACACCAAAGGAGUUGUGUAUAACUACACUCAGGGUGGGGUCCGUAGAGAUCAGAGUGGAUGGGAGCGCUGCAUCAGUGUUCCUCUGGUCCGACCCGACAUGUUUCACCUGCUGGCUCAGUGGGACCAGUAUCUGGACCGCUUCUCUGAUGGACCCAUGUGGGACCCGGCCUGGCACAGGUUCGAUGAGGACCACCAUAACUGCUUCAGUUUCUGUCUUCACUUUGUUAACAGCGUCCUGGCGGCGGAGGGGCGGAGCUCUCUCAGCAGAGAGACCUUCACUCAGAGCUUCAUCCUGCCGAGGAUGAGGAGGGUCUCCAAAUACACCACGCUGUACCGACACAUCCAGAGACACCAGUACUAUGUGGUGGACAGACAGGAGGACAGAACUGUCACCACCAGUGAUGGGCAGUAACACCUCUAUAAUCUGAUUACUGAUCUCAGUAAUCAGAUUACAGUUACUGAUCUCAGUAGCUCCCUGUUACUUUGACCUUUGACAUUGGGGGGUCGCCUUGCUCUGUCUUACUGGGAGCUGGGUGGAGGGUUGAUACGAGUUUGGUCUCUGGGUUCAGAGAGCAGACUGGUCCAGGAUCAGUGCUGUUUCCAAAUCAAAACAAAGAUGGCCGCCUGUGCAGGAAACAGUCAGACCUUUGUAAAGGUGUGAAGUUUAUCGUUGAUCAUCUUUUCAUCUGUCUGUUUGAGGAGUCGUCAUCCUGAAACCAUCCUCUGCAGAACAAACACACUGAUCCUGGUUCAGUUUGCUCGUUCAAGCUGUUUCACAGUCAGAGCAGCUUCAUGUAGCAGCUCACAUCAUCACUGACCACAGACACACAGCUUCAUAGCCAGGACUGUUUGUAACUUCAUCCUACAGCGAGAUCAGGACCCAGAUCAUCCGAAGAGUCAGUCUGCAGACCUGAGCCCCAUGGAGCUGGUCUGGGAUGAGCUGGACACGAACGUGUAGAGAGACUGUGAGGAGCGUGUCCAGCUGCUGGAGGAGUCAGACAUUUAGACUCAGGAUUCCUCUGUUUCAUCUUUAUUAUCUAUUUGUUCUGUGCUUUAAUUUCAGUGAAGCACAGGUGUGUGGACAGAGGACACGAGAGCACACGUCUACAUGUACUGAGUGUAUAUGUACAUCUUUCCCAUGUUGACAUGAACAUGUGUGUCUGUGUAAUAACUGUCAGAGCUUUGUAAAAAGUGUGUGUGUAUCAGACGAUAUUAAAGCGUGCACAGUUUGAUCUGAUGAGGCGUGACUGAUCAGAGAUGAGUGACAGCUCUGCUGACAGACUCCAGAUCAGCUCUCACACUGAUUCUGCACAAAGUCUUUCUGUGUCUGUCUCUGAGAACACGGACAUGUCAACGCUCAGCUCUCAGUCUGAGGGGCUCAUCACCUGAGGAGCUCCCUGACCUCACCCACCUG